AUCUGAUUUUUAAAAAAGCAAGAAAGUUGAAAUGGGAAUAUCCUAUUGAGAGCGAAAAUACAAUUACCAGUGGUAGCACUCAUGCUGAAGACACCGAUAAUGAACAAUGCGUAAAUCAAUGGGAAUUUGAAUGCCAAAUUCCUGAAUGGCUUAAACGAAUUCAUAAACAUUGUGAAGGCCUUGUUACCACAACCGACACGAGCAAUUUAGAAUUAUUGUCCCAAGUAGCAGAAAAUCCCCUUUUGUGGCGUAUUGUUGACGCAUGUGAUCCGAAAUUAACCGAAAUUAUUACAGAACAAGAGUUCUUAGGGUUAAAAACAGUGGCUAAAACCGUAUUGCGAUAUGGUACUUAUGGUGCUUUAAUUACGAUUCGGGAGAUUUUGUCCACUUCUAACGAGACUGAAGAUGAAAACCCCUUCCUUGUCUUCCCAACUACUGAAAUCGCAACGGCUGAUUAUGUUAUUCAAGAAGAUUUUGAACAUCCAGGC